CGUGGUUUGUGAACCGUCAGUUAAGUUUUGCCCGUUCUUCGGUAUUGAUAGUGUGCUAUUUGACGUUUCGUGCGGCAUUAAUUUAUAUUUGUUUUAUGUCAUUUAAGUUGUUUAUAUUGUUGUUGUUGUGAUUAAUUUUUUUUUUUAAGUUUGGCAGCUGAUAGAUUAUAAAAAAGAGGAAAUAUGCCAGUCUUCCACACGAAAACAAUAGAGAGUAUUCUCGAUCCUGUUGCACAGCAGGUAUCGAGACUUGUAAUUUUACACGAAGAAGCCGAAGAUGGAAAUGCGAUGCCAGAUUUGUCGAGGCCGGUGCAGGCCGUUAGCAUGGCUGUGGCGAAUCUCGUGAAAGUUGGAAAGGAAACUAUAAAUUCGUCCGAUGAUGCCUUACUGAAGCAGGACAUGCCUAGUUCUCUACACAGGGUCGAAGGAGCUUCCCGUCUUCUGGAGGAAGCUUCAGUAAUGCUCAAGGCAGACCCAUACUCCGGUCCUGCAAGUCGUUCAAUUUACAAAUUAACCGAAUAUGAAUCCUAUACUCAAUAUACUGCGCAUUCAAGAAAAAAAUUAAUUGAAGGUUCACGUGGUAUACUGCAGGGAACAAGUUCACUUUUGUUGUGUUUCGAUGAGAGCGAAGUUCGCAAAAUAAUUCGCGAGUGCAAACGAGUUUUGGAUUAUUUGGCAGUUGCAGAAGUCAUUGAGACAAUGGAGGAUCUGGUGCACUUUUUAAAGAACCUUAGUCCAUGCCUUAGCAAAGUAUCUAGAGAAGUAAGUGCUCGUGAGAAGGAAUUAACCCAUCAAGUCCAUCGGGAGAUUCUGGUCAGGUGUCUCGAUCAGGUCAAGACACUCGCUCCAAUUCUCAUUUGUUCAAUGAAAAUCUUUAUUCACAUCAUCUCCCACGGUGGGAAAGGAGCGGAGGAGGCAGCUGAAAACCGUAACUACCUGUCGGGACGAAUGUCCGACGAACUCAAUGAAAUUAUUCGCGUUCUCCAGUUGACGACUUACGACGAGGAGGAGUGGGAUGCAGAUCAGUUGACGGUACUGAAGAAAGCCCAAAGUGCCAUAGAGUCCAGAAUAAGAGAGGCUUUCGAUUGGCUCGACAACGGCGACGCUCUGCGUGGCGGAGUGGGCGAGAAGAGCAUUCGUCAGAUAAUCGACCAAACGCAGCGAUUGGCGGAUCGCUACCUUCCACCCUCGCAGGCCGAGCCACUGGCCAAGUUGGCGUCCGAAAUCACUACAAUGACCAAUGCUCUGUGCGAACUUCGUCAGCAAGGAAAAGGCAACACUCCUCAGGCUGAAGCACUGGCCCGAAGCAUCAAGGAGAAGUUGAACCUGCUCCGCUCGAACGUGGCUUCGGCUCUCGUGGCGGCCGACAAGUCGGGAACCGUCCAGGCAGCUCACACGGUCGCCGGUCGCCUCGAGCAGGCCAACAAGUGGCUUCUGAAUCCUCAGCACGACGACAAGGGGCUCGGUCGCAAGGCCAUCGCCCUCAUCGUCCACGAGGGAAAGAAGGUGGCCGACGGAUUGCCAGGAAUUCACAAAGCCGAAAUCCUUCAACUCUGUGACGAGGUGGAGAGUCUAUCGCGUCAGCUGGAAGACCUCUGUCAUCGUGGACAGGGCUCGAGUCCUCAAGCUCAGGAAAUCGCUCGUCAAUUGUCGCACAAACUCCGCGAGCUGAAGAACAAAAUUCAACAGGCGGUUGUGUCGCGGGUGGUUGAGGACUUCAUCGACAUCACGACGCCCCUGAAGCAAUUCACAGAGGCCGUCCUGGCCCCCGAAGGAACACCGAAUAGGGAGCAGAACUUCAACGACAAGACCCUCGCACUGCAGACGUUCUCGAACAGGGCCGCGAAGACGGCGAAGAUGGUGGCGGCUGGUGGCAGUGGCGGAAAUAAGAAGUUGGCGGAGGCUCUCAAUGCCAGCGCUUCGCAAAUCGAGUCCCUGACUCCGCAGCUAGUGAACGCUGGGCGCAUUCGAAUGACCUACCCCGAGAGCAAGGCAGCUGACGAGCACUUCGAGAACCUGAGGCAGCAGUACGCGGACACCAUCCAGAGAGUGAGGGCGCUCUGCGACGAGGCGACCGACAGCGGCGACUUCAUCAGGGCGUCCGAGGAGCAGAUGCAGAAACAUUCCUUCCUCUGCGAGGACGCGAUCGCCAAGAACAACCCACAGAAAAUGGUGGACAACACUUCCGCCAACGCCAGGCUGGCGAACAGAGUCAUUUUGGUAGCUAAGCAGGAGAGCGACAACAGCGAGGACCCUGCGUUCAUCGAAAGAGUCAACAGAGCCAUCGACGCACUUCAGAAUGCUGUUGCUCCGAUGGUCCAGGACGCGAAAAAAGUGGCGAUGAAUACAAACGAUGGCUCUGCAGUGUCCAAGUGGAGAGAGAGCAAUCGCAACCUCCUGGGAGCAGUUGGUCAAGUGCGAAAGGCCGUCACCGCCGACUCUGAUGUCAUUCUUCCUCCUGCCAUAUCUCAACUACACAUUGGCGAUGACCAACAUGUAACAAGCAAACCUUGCAAUUACUUCACAGAGAAAGUUGGUGAACCUUUAAGGAAUCAGCCCUCGCCCAGCACUUUACGUGUCAUUUCUCCCACGGAGAACCAUAAACCACUGCAUCGACCUGUCAGUCCUCUUCCAAAAUGGGCUCGAGGAGGAGAUAAUCCUGAACUCUUAUACAACGAUCUAGCUUCCGUGGAUGAAUUAGAAAAGUCAGACCGAGCUAGAGAAAUGGCACCUCCACGUCCACCUCUGCCCAGUGGUGACAUUCCACCUCCAAGACCACCACCACCAGAGACUGAUGACGAAGAUGAGAUGUUUAUGCAUGCCCCUCAACCAAAUCAACCAAUUAUGAUGGCAGCUCAUGGAUUGCACCAAGAAGUGCGCCAGUGGUCAAGCAAAGAUAACGAAAUAAUUGCGGCAGCUAAGAAGAUGGCUAUUUUGAUGGGCAGAUUGUCGGGAUUGGUGCGAGGAGAAGGUGGAAAUAAGCGCGACUUGAUCGCUUGCGCCAAGGCUAUUGCCGAAGCUUCUCAGGAGGUCACUCGUCUCGCCAAAGAACUCGCCAGAGAGUGUACUGACAAACGUAUCAGAACGAAUUUACUCCAAGUUUGCGAACGCAUUCCAACGAUAGGAACACAGCUGAAGAUAUUGUCGACAGUCAAGGCCACGAUGCUUGGAGCACAAGGCACUGAGGAGGAUCAAGAGGCGACAGACAUGCUCGUUGGCAACGCUCAAAACUUGAUGCAGAGCGUCAAGGAGACAGUUCGCGCCGCCGAAUGUGCCAGUAUUAAAAUUCGCACAGCCUCUGGAAUGAAGCUGCGAUGGGUUCGACGUCAGCCUUGGUACCAAUACUAAACUUUAGAGAACGAAACUUUGCAAUUCUUAUACAAGGUCUCGCUGCCCUUUUUAGAAGAGUUUUUCACGACUUUCUUCACAAAAAAAUGUCCAUCUGCUCUUGAAUCACAGUAAUAAUUUAACACUAAACUCGAGAUAAUCAGCAUUUACGAGAGCAGAAUAUUAAUAUCCGGAUUUUAUAUCAAUCGUGAACGAAAUACUCAAUUUAACAAGUUUUAAUGCAUGACUUUUAGGCAAAUAGGGCAGAAAUUUUUGGAGUGUUUUAAAUAUCACGUAGAGUUUAUACAAAUUAAUAUACAUACACUAUUUUUUAAUACAACUACGAGUCUGGAGUCGUGGCAGUUUAUUUUUAUAAAUUUACAAUACGUGCAA